AUGGGAAAAACGCAGAGAUGGGAAAAACGCAGAGAUGGGAAAAACGCAGAGAUGGGAAAAACGCAGAGAUGGGAAAAACGCAGAGAUGGGAAAAACGCAGAGAUGGGAAAAACGCAAAGGCGGGAAAAUGCAGAGAUGGGAAAACCGCAGAGAUGGGAAAAACGCAAAGAUGGGAAAAACGCAAAGAUGGGAAAGACGCAAAGGUGGGAAAAACGCAAAGAUGGGAAAAACGCAAAGAUGGGAAAAACGCAAAGAUGGGAAAAACGCAAAGAUGGGAAAAACGCAAAGAUGGGAAAAACGCAAAGAUGGGAAAAACGCAAAGAUGGGAAAAACGCAAAGAUGGGAAAAACGCAAAGAUGGGAAAAACGCAAAGAUGGGAAAAACGCAAAGAUGGGAAAAACGCAGAGAUGGGAAAAACGCAGAGAUGGGAAAAACGCAGAGAUGGGAAAAACGCAGAGAUGGGAAAAACGCAAAGAUGGGAAAAGAUGGGAAAAACGUAAAGAUGGUAAAAACGCAGAGAUGGGAAAAUCGCAAAUAUAG